AUGAAUCGCUGCUGUCUUUUAUUACUGCUGUUGAUUGGGGCGGUAAUUGGAUGCAAGCAAGGUGGCCGUAGUUACAGUAAUAAUGAGGAAUGGGUAGGUUGAAAAAAUUGUAACGACAAUUCUUGCAUAGACUGAGAGAAAUGCCUUUAUUAUGAGAUGUACAAUCAGAGAUAACGGCUCCUGGAAGACAGAAGUGGUCGCCUGUCUCUCGCCGACGGGCGCCAGGAUCCCCUUAGGCGGUAAGAUUAUUGAUGACAACAGUGAAUGGAGUUGCGCAACCAAUGAACAGGGGAACGUCGCCCUAAGUCAGGGUCCCAAUCCUCAUGCAAAAUGCGGAACUCAUGCAGUUGGUAAGUCGCAUCCUCGAUAAGCAACAUAUGUCAGGAAGCCGAUGGCAAGAGAAGUCUUUCGAAUUGGAAUGCCGUCCUGGAGGGGUCCGUGAACUGAAAGCUUGUGUCACCGAAGACGGACAAAGGAUCCCCGUGAAUGGCACUAAACAAGUCGGAGGAUUUACUCUGGUCUGUCAACAAUAUCACAAUGGAACUGUUGUUUUCCAUGGAUCAAAGUCUGUGAAGGCACCUCAGAACUUUAGCCAAGAUCAUGCCACUAAAUGUAUCGACGAACAGAGUGGCCAGAGAAGUGUGGGAGAACAUUGGAUCGAGAAUCAUCGCUUCAACAAGACCUGCAAACCCAAUGGUGCUGUGGAAGUUGUGAACUGCAUCUCUAAGGACGGAACCGUGAUCCCUUUGAAUGGCCAAGUCAUCAGAAACAAGACCAAAUACAGGUAACAAAGGACAGUUUUAUAGGACACUUAUUACACGUUACGAGUACAUAUAUCACGCGGGUUGGUUACGCCACUGUGUUUUCAGUUGUGAGAUGACUUCCCAAGGCACAAUCAGAUUCGCAUCGGGACCCAUCGAAGGCCAAUAA